AUGAAAGACAGUUGGAUCUCCGGUGACGACCGCAGAGACCGAGGUAGAGUUGAUCGAGGAGUCACCCGCCAAAGAAGAUCGCGAUCACCUACAGUACGUCGCCACGAGAGCGAUAGGGAGCCCAAAGGUAGAGAACGCAGUCCAGGCAAUACCAGAUCUAUCGCACAACACGAACGAAGUCGCGAUCGCGCCCCCGAGCAUAGGAGGAGACCUUCACGAUCACCAAGGAGAGAGGGGGAGGCAGUGAGGGAGAAGAACAGAGGCAGAGAGCUCUUGCUGGACACGCGAGGCUCUGACAAGUCAAAACGUAGCACUACUCACCCUUCGCCAUCGUCAAGCAAACGUCGGAAGAGUCGAAGCCCUUCGCCGCCCCGUAACCACCACAAAAACUCGAGACGAGCUCCAUCCCAAAGCCCACUGUACCCCGACGCAGGAUCAUUGCGACCUGAGAGGAGGCACAGAGCGCUCUCCCCACCUCCACCACGAAGACGAUCACCGGAGCGCCGGUCUAUUGAUAUUCGAGGAGAGGGAAAGCCUAAACAAUAUCGAGAGUCCAAAGCAUUUGACAGACGCGGACGUUCGCCGAGUCCAAGACGUGAUAGACUCGAAAGACACGAUUUCGGCCGUCAUAGGUCGCCUUCACAUCGCGAUAACGACUCUCGAAGGAAUCGUUCUCCGCCACCAGCACACUUUCAAAAGCCACGCGAGAGAUCGCCUUAUAACAGCAACAAACCAAAAGAUACGGAACGGAGGAGAGAGCAGUCUUCACAUAACGGCCGCCAAUCGCCUGAUAUCGAUCGCUACGAACCAGCGAAUCGCUCUCGCCAAGAAUCGCCGCCAGCACCUAGAGGACCGAAAGCCGCUCGAGGGCAGUCACCCAAGAGAGACAGAGGAGGAAGACCACCGCCAUCACCUUCAUCGCGAGACGAGUAUCGCCCUGGCAAGCCUAAGCCGCAACCGAAAGGUGGAAAGCCUGCCGCGUCAGGCGCAAAUAGUAUCGAAGUAAAAGGGGCAAGGACCUCUGGUGCUGCUUCUGGUGCUAACAGCAUCGAGGUCAAAUCAGAUAAGAUGGCCGGAAGAGGCUUCUAUGGUGGACAACAAGGCUACAACCCGCAUCAACAAAUGCAGGCUGCUUUCCCACUGAAACCACAGUAUAACCAGGGCCCUCAAGUAGAUCCUCGACAAUACUCACAGUCUCCACAACAUCAUAUGACCCCAAAUUCUUACCAAGGAUCACCUCAAGCACAUUCUCCGUAUUCUGCUGGAAGAGGCAACUGGGGCGGGCAGCAACAGUAUUCUCCUCAACCCCAAUACCCUCAAAAUUACCAACAGCAACCUAAUUAUGCUACCCCUAACGGACCUCAAGGUCAAUACUAUAACAAUCAAUCUCAAUCUCCUCCUUACCAUACUCCCUCCGGUCCAAUGAACCAGCCAUAUCAAUCAAACUUCCGUGGUUCUCAGCGAGGAUUUCGAGGCAACCAUUUCAAUAACCGUGGUGGGCGAGGUGACCAUCGUGGGCGCGGUGGUAACCAUUUUCAAAACACUCAAUGGAACUCUGGCGGAGCAGGCAGAGGGCAGCAUAGCAACUCGGGGAAUGUCACGCCCCAACAUGCAUCUCCUCAGCAGCAGUAUCCACCACAAUCCGGUUCCCAAGAGGGCACUCCCCAAUACAAAUCUCAACCGGAAGAAGAAGAGGAAGCCGAUGACCUUUUCAGACCUUCUAAAGAAUUGCAGGUAGAAGAUAAGGCGGAUAGCAAGAAGAAAGACGAGGAGGAAAUGCCGCCACCAAGCAAGCCCACUCCCACUGGACCGCAGAGCCAACAGAACUCUUCGAGAAAAGGAUUCAGUUUUGCAUUCAAAGGUGCGGCCAAACCCGCCACCGUGCCGAAGCCAGAGAUUUCUCAGAAGUUGACCGUAGGGCCGACUCGCAAAGAUGUGCAAGUCAGUCCUGAACGCUCCCGAGGCCCGCCGUCUCGAGGAAUCCCAACCGAGCCAGCAUCGGUGAGGCGGGCAGAAAAUCGCGAACCUGCACCUACUCCCACAACGCGAAUGGUCAAGAAGAUUAUGAGACGUCGAAAGGCACUAAAAGUCCUUCCCGAAGAUUUCAAGAAAUCCGAUUCUGUAUAUUAUCGAAAGCCUGGUAACGAGUCUGUUGUUGGCUCAGGAACAUAUGGCAAAGUUUUCAAGGCUAUCCACGUGUACACCAAAGAUCUCGUCGCUUUGAAGAAGAUCCGGAUGGAAGGAGAACGAGACGGAUUCCCUGUUACUGCCGUACGGGAAAUCAAGCUACUUCAAUCCUUGAAGCACGCCAAUAUUGUCAAUUUACAUGAGGUCAUGGUGGAGAAGAACGAUUGCUUCAUGGUCUUCGAAUAUCUUUCACACGACCUCACUGGAUUACUCAAUCAUCCCUCCUUUAAACUCGAGCCCGCCCACAAAAAGCAUUUGGCCAAACAACUCUUUGAAGGACUCGACUACCUUCACCGACGUGGUGUUCUUCACCGUGAUAUCAAGGCGGCAAACAUCCUCGUUAGCAAGGAUGGACAACUGAAGAUUGCAGAUUUCGGUCUUGCACGCUUUUAUGCUAAACGUCGGCAGCUGGAUUACACCAACCGAGUGAUCACAAUCUGGUACCGUUCACCAGAGCUACUGCUCGGCGAGACACAGUACGGGCCAGCAGUUGAUAUCUGGAGCGCCGCCUGUGUCCUCGUCGAAAUCUUUACUCGCCACGCCAUCUUCCCUGGCGACGGCGGCGAGAUCAGCCAACUCGAAAAGAUAUACGCCAUCCUCGGAACACCCAACAAAACAGACUGGCCAGGCCUCGUCGACAUGGCCUGGUUUGAGCUCCUACGGCCUUCUACCAGACGUCCCAACGUCUUCGCAGAGAAAUACAAAGAGCGCGUCACGCCCGCUGCGUACGAGCUCUUGGAAGCUAUGUUCCAUUACGAUCCCGCUAAGCGCCCUUCUGCGUCUGAGGUACUCGAUCACCCGUACUUUGCUACUGAAGAGCCGAUGCCGAGGCAAGUUCAUGAACUCGCAGCACUCGAUGGUGACUGGCACGAAUUUGAAUCCAAAGCCCUACGCAAGGAAAACGAGCGUAAAGACAAAGCACGGCGCGCGGCGGCGCAGAAAGAGAAAGAAGCUGCUAAGAAACGCGCGCCGGAAGGUGAGGUUGCUGAUAGCAGGGAUCCCAAGAGGAUGCAAAUGGGUCCGCCUAGUCUACCUGUGUCUAUUCCAAAAUGA